AUGGCUCCCAAGCAAGCUACACUGGGGAAGUUUUUUGGUGCCAAGGGCCAGGGUCCUCAACAGCAGACCAAGCUCUCUUUUGCUACAAAGCCGAAGAAGCAGGAAGAGCCUGAAGCAGAGGAUGGCUCAAGCAGCGCUGAGGCUCCCAAAGCCGAAAAGGAAGUGAAGAAGCGAGGACGCAAGGCUCCGGAACCUUCGACUGGCGGGACGAAGGUCGCCGAGGACGACCAGGAGGAAGACGAUGCCCCUGUCACUAAACGAGCGAGAAGAAGUCGCCCAAAGAUCGAAGAUGACGAAGAAGACGAGGUCCCGUCGAAAUCGGCUACGCCUGAGCCCAAGAGUCCCAGAGUCAAGAAGGAGAAAAGCCCAGUUAGCAAUGGCAAGAAAAAGAGCAGUCCGGCAAAGGGCAAGAAGGAGAGUGCUGCACCUACAAAGGCAGUCAAGAAGGAGGAUUCCGAGGAGAAAGACAUCUUUGCUGAGUCAAGCGCAUCGGAAGCUGAAGACGAAGCCGAUCUUGAAGAUGAGAAGCCCGAGGUGACAGCCAAGGCGCGAGAGAAGGCCCAGACGCUAUUGAAGUCGAAGACGGCCAAGGAUCCAUACCCAGACUGGAAGGCCGGAACCCCAGUUCCCUAUGCAGCGCUUUGCAAGACGUUCUCGCUCAUUGAGAUGACAACCAAGCGUCUGAUCAUUAUGGAGCACUGCUCGCUCUUUCUCCGCCAAGUCAUGCGGUUGACUCCUGACGAACUCCUUCCCACAGUUCUGUUGAUGAUCAACAAGCUUGCUCCUGACUAUGCCGGAAUCGAGCUGGGUAUCGGCGAGUCGCUGAUCAUGAAGGCCAUCGGAGAGACCACGGGUCGUAGCCUUCAGGUUAUCAAGGCAGAUCAGAAGGAGAUUGGUGAUCUUGGACUCGUAGCUGUGAAGAGCAGAUCGACUCAGCCUACAAUGUUCAAGCCUAAGCCUUUGACCGUCAAGGGUGUUCAUCAGGGCCUGAUGAAUAUUGCGACUGUGUCUGGCAACGGCGCUCAGGGAAGAAAAGUUGAUGGUAUCAAGAAGCUGCUCUCCGCUGCUGACUCGCAAGGAACCGGCAAGAUUGAUAUCACAAAGGACAAGGGAGGACCGAGUGAAGCCAAAUACAUUGUUCGAUUUCUCGAGGGCAAGCUCAGGCUCGGUCUUGCUGAAAGGACCGUGCUAGUCUCCCUGGCGCAAGCGAUAGUUAUCCACGAGGCUGACGCCAAAGGCAAAGUGCCAAGUACAGCCGACAUGGAGAAGGGAGAGUCGAUUCUCAAGACGGUCUACAGCGAGCUUCCAAGUUACGAUAUCAUUAUUCCAGCCAUGAUGGAGCACGGUAUCAUGAACUUAAGAGAUAACUGCAAGCUGCGACCAGGUGUUCCCUUGAAACCCAUGUUGGCCAAACCUACCAAGGCCAUCACCGAGGUCCUAGAUCGAUUUGAAGGCCAAACAUUUACCUGCGAGUAUAAAUACGAUGGCGAACGUGCCCAAAUUCAUUACGUCGCCAAAGACGCUCCUCAAGAACUCAGUCAAACGACUGCCGGCGCGACCAAAGAGGUUGGGACUGGUGUUGCCAGCAUCUUUUCUCGAAAUUCUGAAGACUUGUCAAAGAAAUACCCGGACAUUCUUGCCAAGUUGCACACCUGGGUUAAGGAGGACACAAAGAGCUUCGUCUUGGAUUGUGAGACAGUGGCUUGGGAUGUGCAGGAGAAAAAGGUGCUCCCCUUCCAACAACUGAUGACUCGAAAACGCAAGGACGUCAAGGUCGAAGAUGUCACAGUCAAGGUUUGUGUCUUUGCUUUCGAUUUGCUCUAUAUGAACGGUGAAGCCGUCGUCGAGAAGCCUCUUCGAGAGCGCCGCGAUCUGCUGAGAGAGGCAUUCAUUCCUGUGGAAGGAGAAUUUGCUUUUGCAACCUCGAUGAACGGUCAAGAACUUGACGAGAUUCAAGUAUUCUUGGAUGACAGUGUGAAGGCUAGCUGUGAAGGUCUCAUGGUUAAGAUGUUGGAUGGAACUGAAAGUGGAUAUGAGCCCAGUAAACGCAGUAGAAACUGGCUCAAGAUCAAGAAGGAUUAUCUUUCAGGCGUGGGAGACUCCCUAGAUCUCGUUGUUCUCGGCGCAUACCACGGCAAGGGAAAGCGUACAUCAGUCUAUGGUGCCUUCCUCCUUGCUUGCUAUAACCCCUCAACCGACACCUAUGAAACCGUCUGCAAUAUUGGAACUGGCUUUUCCGAACAAGUCUUGGAAGAUCUGCAUAAACAGCUCACAGAGAUCACGAUCGACCGCCCCAAGCCGUUCUACUCACACUCUACCGGAGGACAGCAUCAACCAGACGUCUGGUUCGAGCCCCGAUACGUCUGGGAAGUCAAGACUGCCGAUUUGACCCUCAGCCCCCGCUACAAGGCUGGGUGGAAGGAAGGCGUUGAUCCUUCGGGCGAAAAGGGCAUCAGUCUCCGUUUCCCCCGGUUCAUCAAGAUCCGUGAUGACAAGAAGCCCGAUGAGGCCACCUCGAGUCGUCAAGUGGCGGAGAUGUAUCGCAAGCAGGAGAGUGUCACGAAGAAUAAGGGACCUUCUGUGGAUGACGAUUUCGAGUACUAG